CUAAAUAAUAAAGGUGUGUCUCCCAAUACUUUUGUCUAUAUAGUGUAUCUGUCUAACUACCUAUGAUGAUCGAUUUUCAGCAUACAGCAGACACCGGCGUCCCUGCUGGCCGUUCCGUGUAACAACAACAGAUCUGUCUGAGUCCAGCUCGUUCUGCUCCGUUUUUUCCCCCUCCAAAGCAAAAUCACAUGAUGUGUAUUUUGUCAUAUGAUACUGAUGAGAGGACUGAUCCCACUGCGAGCGAGAGUCACCCACGUCCUCUGUGAAAAACAAAGGCAGCUCGACCACUUGUCAGGGAUGAGAUGUUGUAGCCUGGCAUUGUUUGGCCGUAGUACUCGAUAAUAUCUGGAGGAUGGACGGCCGGGGAGUCUGUCUGUCUGCGAUAUGCACCGUUUGUUUCAUAGGCAUGGUGCUGAGCCAGACCACACUGAGUCCUGCUGUGAUGAACACCACUCUCAUCGAGAAUGUGACCAGUCUGACAGUAACUCCCGUGAUCCUCAGCAGCACGACUCCGGGCUGCUUUGCGUUCAACACUUCUACUUGUGAGCCCUGUGCACCAGGAUCGCAGUACGACAACAACACCUUGCUGUGUUCCUGCUGUUCUGAUCCCGGGCUGUGUCUAUUUCCUGGAGCAUGUUUGCCAUGCAACAGGGGAUUCUAUCAGCCUCUAGCUGGACAGCAGCAGUGUUGGCCCUGUGACCGCGGCUUCUACACAAAUUUCACUGGAAGUCCAUUAUGUCACGCCUGCCCACCUGGAUCCUUCAACAAUAACACUGGUGCAGACAAUUGCACAAGUUGUUCACCAGGUUUCUUCUCAUCGCUGCAGAGUUCCACCUUAUGUACACCAUGUGCACAAGGAACUUUUUGCAACUCCUCUGGUUGUCCCCAGUGUCAGAUGUGUCCUGGAGGAACUGAAGCUCUACAAACCGCUGCUAAAGCCUGCACACCAUGUCGGCCAGGUAUGCACAAGGCCCCCCAUCAGAUUAUGUGUCAAAUCUGUGGCAGUGGCUCCUACCAGGUCCGCUGGGGUCAGGAAAGCUGCGACGUGUGCCCAGAGAAUCAUUACUGUCCUAGUCCAGACGUGAACCCCAUUCAGUGUCCCAGCGAUGCAUUUUGUCCAGAGGGCAGCUUGGCUCCGAGCUACUGCAUGGAGACUUUCUUCCGCAAAGCAGAGAACACUUGUGAAAUGGCUCCUGUCACUAUUGCUCUGUUGGUUAUUGGAGGUGGGGUGACCCUACUCUUCAUCAUUUUAAUAGCACUACGUCGACGGAGAGACACUGACGGGGAGCUGACUGUAGCCCGAGCUCCAUUAUUAGGCAAAGAGCGACCUCAAGGUCGAUAUUAUGGGAUCCCUUGUGAUGCAGAGCCUGUAUACGCCGGCUGGUGAACUGAAGGACAUGAGCUUAGCUUUUCUAAAUGCUUGGCAGGAUAAAACCAAUGAAAGUCUUCAUAUGGGUUCCAUCCCAAGACAAAAGAACUGAUAAAAGAAGAAGACUGAUGGCAAAAUCUCUGGUACCUGAAGAGACAAUCCUUUUUUGUAUGUGGUAUAUUUGAAUAUAUUACUGAGGUGCCUCUUUUUGUGAAUUCUUGUAGUUUGACACUGUUAUAGUUGUCUCACUCAGAGAUGAACACUGUCCUUUCAUAAACUGGGUUAUUGGAUUAUGAGAGGUAUGCUGGAGCAGUGAAAAUGAGAUGCGUGCCUCAGCAGGGUGGGUACCUCUCUCUCUUAUGAAACACACUUUUCUUUCCUUUUUUUUUUAACAGCGGUAAUUGAUUCACUUUAUUACUCACGUGUUGGUAGACCUGUGGGUGCCUCCAUUAACUCUUGGUGCUCCACAGCUACUGAGAGCAGAGAGUUGUACAUUGUGCUUGGAACCUUGUGGGGGUUUUUUUUAACGCAUUUGAUUGCAGCACUUUUUGUGGUCUGUUCUUUCAUUCAUGGAUUUGCUUAAUGAUUUUUAUCUGCUUUUUAAGGUUCUAUUUGUAUGUUUUGAAGGAAAACAAAUAAAAAAAAUAUUAACUUGAGCUUUGUUUCUUAAUCAUUUGAAUUGUAUUGUAACCUUAAAUGAAUGGUUUUGAAAUUAUAUGUGCCAAACAUGUUUGCUAUCA